GCCAUCUUGUGAAAAGUCGUUGGGAGCGACUGGAGGAAUAAACGUAAAGGUGUCUUAAAAUUAAAUCCUCAGCAUUCUCGCGUUGUUCAUUCUUUUUUUUUUAAAAAAAUGGUAAAAAUCUUUAUCGGGAAUCUGCCUCGUAUAGCGACGAAAGAAGAGAUCAAGGAGCUGUUCGAAAAGUACGGCAAAUUGACCGAGUGCGAUAUCAUCAAGAAUUAUGGCUUUGUGCACAUGGAGGACAAAGAGGCGGCAGAUGAGGCGAUCAAGAACCUGCACCAUCACAAGCUCCAUGGGCUUCCCAUCAACGUGGAGGCCAGCAAGAGCAAAGUGAAGACCUCGACCAAGCUGCACAUCAGCAACAUCAGUAGUGAAUGCACUAACCAGGAGCUGCGGGCCAGGUUUGAGGAGUAUGGACCUGUCAUUGAGUGUGACAUUGUCAAGGACUACGCCUUUGUGCACAUGGAGAGGGAGGAGGAUGCCAUGGAAGCCAUCCGAGGGUUUGAUGGCACUGAGUUUAAAGGCAGACGGAUCCAUGUCCAGCUGUCGAGAAGUCGGCUCCGGACACAACCAGGGAUGGGCGACAAAAACGGCUGUUUUCGGUGUGGUAAAGAGGGCCACUGGUCUAAAGAAUGCCCCAAAGAUCGCGGUGGUUUCGAAGGCGGAUUCCCUUGCAACUAUCCCCAACCUUACCCAGUGCGGCCCAUGUCAGCGUACGGAGAGCGCCCGGUGUACGACGAGCGGUAUGGGAUGGCCGAGCACUACGAGAGCUAUUUGGCACAGCCUUGUGCGCCAAUGGGAGAUCCCUACUAUGAUCGCCGGUCAAGUCAGCUUCCACCUAUAGGCACCCCAAUGAGCGAUUGCGUCCCUGGCGGGUUAGACCCCUAUGGGAGGCACGCUGUGCCGCCUCCUCGCCCUUCCUAUUACAACAGGGAUAGGAGCCCUCUGCGUCGGAUGCCCAUGGCCUCCUCGAGCACUGCAUAUGGGUUUGAGUACUCUCAAGUCUCUUCAGCAGCCAUGUCCACUAGAUCUCCGUAUGACGUGCCAAGCACAGCGGGGAAUGCCUACGUGGACCGAAUGCAGUACUCUAUGUUCUGAUCCAAAGGUGAGGCACCACCCACUUUCCAACUGCAGAUGUGUGUCUGACAUUGCAGACUUGGCUUAUUCAGUGUCUAAUGCUCAAGGGACCGGAAGGUUUCCUCGCCUCCUGGUCCACCCCCUUCUCCCAAACCAACCUCGCCCCAUCCAUAUUUUUAUUUUCAUCCCCCAUUUUUGUUCAGUAUCUCGGGGUUGCUAAUACAGGCCUUGGCACUCUUUGGGCUGUGGAGGGAUAGCGGGAGUGUCGGAUGGUUGACAUAACUGCUUCUAACCACUGCGUCAUUCUUCCUUUGAACUGUUGGACGUUUCUGGUGACUUGGCAUGACAGUCGGGUUAUGAUCUCCCGUAGUUGUUGAAACACCUUCUGACCUACAUUUCUUCCAUGAAUUGGGUGGGUGGGGGGCAAAAGGUGUCAAUUGGAAGCAGUUGUAGAACUUAACGGUGAAGUCAAAGUCUUCGGGAGAGAUGGGAUGGAGAAUAUUGUCCAGCGAUGCCCCGUAGCUGCCUCGGUUAUUGAUCUAUAGUUGAUUUGUACUACUGUAACCUCAACCAGAAAAUGCUUUUGCCAAAAUUACCAAGGAACUUAACUGUUUUGAUUUUUUUCCCUCUCUGUGUUGCCAAGGACAUUUUUUUUAUUGUGCAUUAAUUACUGGAUAUCUUCAAGUCUGUUUCUCACAUGGCUUAUGUAGGACAGGGUGAAAUGGCUGCCAGUUUUCAAGGGCAGUCAAAUCGGGCUGCUGACACAAGGUGAAACCUGUGCCUUUUCAUGUGAAAAUUUAAAAAAAAAACUGAUGUCCAUGUGUGCUUCUUUAUUUCUUGCAGGAGUGGUAAUUAUCCCUUGACAAGAGAGUCGGGUUUUCCAAAUACACGUGCAAAUCUUCGGGUUGUAAGGGAUGUGUUCAUCGCCCGGAUGUAAAGCAAAAGCUGUUUGGUGUGAUGCAAUACCCCAAUAUUUUUUAUUAAAAAAAGAGUCAAUUAAAAUGUACUUUUGAUUCCUGAUCUGAACUUACUUUCUCCAUUUUGACAGAGACCAAUCUUUCUGUGGCCUGGUCUUGUUCUGCGUGUAUUUUCUUACCAUUUUGGUAACGUUACUUGUGCUAGUUAGAAGUAUAUUGCACAUCUGUCAGUAGUUUUAAAAAAAAAACUUUUUUUUAGUUAUGCGUUUCCUUGUAUUAAAAGCUUAACAAUAAAUACCAGGAAUUUCACAUUCAGUUUCU